AUGUAUGGGAGCAUUUGUAGAGAACCUCGGAGUUUGCACGAUUACUCGAGCAGAGAUCAUGGCGGCCAUCCGGGGUGUGCAGGUGGCGUGGGAGAAAGGCUACAAGAAAGUUCACCUCCAAUUGGACUCCACUACUGCUAUCAAUGUCCUUACCUCCACAGAACGGACGGAACACAGGUACCAUAA